UUCAUCACCCGAAUUUGCGACAACAAGCCGUGCACGAGAUGUACACGUUUAAUGACCUCCCUUGGAACGUACGCCAUCUUGGUCUUACCGUGGGCGGCGUCAAUUAUCACCAUUCCCAUAGUUACGAGCACGACAAUGAGUCCCGUGCUUAGUUGGAGAAACAUAUCCUUUGCGCAUUAGUGUAUGUUCAAAGCCUCCAACACUGAUCUGGUGAUCAAAUCCUUAGACACGGCUGUGCCCCUGUUGACUGCUGCAGCCGUCCUGGUGGCGGCCGUGGUGUUACGAGAGGAUUCUUCAGUGGCAUGCAGGUGGAGCUUGUGGAUCGCGGACCGGAAAUUGACGACCAUUUCGGAUACACGGCAGAUGUUGUCGUGUCUGCCAUCUGUGACGCACCCGUUGUCUUUAUGGCUUUCGAUCUCCUGGAGAUCAAUCACAUCUCAAGGUAAGCUAACCGUACGUAUGUGCAAACUUGUCAUACACAGACUAUGAACAAUUUUUUUUUAAAUUACAUAGGCUUAAUCUAAUCUGUCCCCACUAAGCACACACCUAGUCUAACAUGUCACACAUUAUACACACUUAGUCUAAUCUGUAAAACAUAACACACACCUUGUCUAAUCUGUCACAAAUCACAAUACAUUGUCGUAUCUGUCACACAUGGCACACACUUAGUCUAAUCAGUCACAGCUACUUUAAUCUGUCAUGCGUAUAGAAGCUAUAAAGGGAAACAACUGCAUUCAUCAUGUCUAUAAAACGACAAGAGGGACACCACUUUUCUUCACGACAUUCCUUCUCUGAAUCGUCGCACUCGGAAAUACAUACAAAUUAUAUCUUUAAAAUAACGUGGGGUCUCCUUAAAUACUGCCUUCAUUAUCUUAAACCCCCUUUCUCUCCCCCCCCCCUCCCCCCAGAUGGAUCUACAGUACGGUGGCUUACAUCAUGUCCCAGACUAAAGUCGUCUUGAUCGCGCUGCCCUGGCUUCUCUUCCCGGACAUCAGAGAGCGCUUCAAGACU